AUGGGUGGAGGUGCAUGUAGCGGGCUGCGGGCGCUGUGCACCCAGGCCAUGGGCCUCCGCACCCAGGCCGCGGGCCUCGUCGCCCGCCAUCUUGGCCGGGCGCGAACCGCGGGCCUCCGCACCCAGGCCGCGGGCCUUGUCGCCCGCCAUCUUGGCCGGGCAGGAACCGCGGACCCCCAGCUCCGCCUGCCCCCUGGGAGGGCGCAGGCUGUGCGGGCACUGGGAGGAGGCGGCUGGCGGCUGGCUCUGGCAUGGCAAAGACUCAGCUCUGUCUCCUCUGGAGCAGUGUCUUCUUCAUGUCGGAGGUGGUGA